AGAACAACUAAAAAUGGUGAAGCUCAGAAGAAAGAAGAAAAUGAGAAACUUGUCUACUUUUCUGUUUGCCUUGCCAUUUCCUUGCUACCGACAUCCAAGAAGUGGAGUGAUUGACAGGCGCUCUCUCUCUCUCUCCAUAACACCUGCCAUCCCCCUCAUGGUCUAAAAAUGGAGGCAAGCAACCAAGAGAAGAAGAAAGAGAGGGUGAUUCAUGAACAAAAGUUGGCUUCUUUCUUGACUUUGCCGUAGUGGGUACUUAAGUUGAAAAACGAAUCUUCCUUCCCUCCUCUCGCCAGAUAUUUUUUCACCAAUUCUUCAAUAACCCAAUUCAAUUGUAAGGCGUUGUCGACUCUUUCUCAAUUCUCAUAAAAACCAUCGCCUCCGCUUCCCCCCGACCUCCAAAGCACUGUCUCCCUUUCUCUCAUGGCUUCUUGUCCUCUUUAGAAAACCUCCAAAAAAUCUAUCUUUUCUGCUACCCAUAUAAAAUUUUAUCCAUUUUCAGCCUAUAUUUCUCAAAGAAAAAACAGAGUAUUCGUUUUUUUGGGGGAAAAGUGGAUGACGGGAGAUGGGUACGAGAAGCUGGGUUCGGAGAAGCCCGAUUACGAUGGAGAUGGAGAAGAGAAGAAGAAGAGCAGCGUGUGGAAGAAGGUGAAAUACCAGCUCGUGGACUACCACGCGCUGCCUGGUUACAUGAAGGACAACGAGUACAUCCAUCGCUACUACAGAGCGGAAUGGCCCAUCACGCAGCUCCUCCUCAGCGUCUUCCGCAUCCACAACGAAACCCUCAAUAUCUGGACGCAUUUGAUGGGGUUCUUUCUGUUUCUGUUCCUGACGAUAUACACGGCGAAGAAGGCGCCGGAGAUGGUGGAUCUCAAUUCGCUGCAGCGGCUGCCGGAGUUGCUCCGGUCGUCUUCCGGGGAGCUGUACAAGGAGUUAAUUGGGUGCUUGUCUUCUUUCCCAAACAUGCAUGAUCUUCAUAGGUUGAGGGAAGAUCUCCAGGCUUCCUUUACCAAUCUUAGCCUUGUGGAAGUUCUCAACAAUUGCCUCCCUAAACGAGUCCUCCAACUUCAUCGGUCUAACGACUCCAUCCUCGAGCAAGGAAGUGGCAAAGAGGAAGAAUCAUUGAGCAACUUGCUGUUGGGUCCCCUACUAUCCCCGCAGCCAGCAAUCACAAGAUGGCCAUUCUACAUAUUCAUGGGAGGAGCAAUGUUCUGCCUACUAUCCAGCAGCAUCUGCCACCUCUUCUCCUGCCACUCCCAGCGCAUGUCCUACAUAGUCCACCGUGUCGAUUACACAGGAAUCGCCUUGCUCAUUGCCACCUCAUUCUACCCGCCUGUCUACUACUCCUUCAUGUGCAGCCCCUUCUUCUGCAACCUCUACCUGGGUGCCAUCACAGUGAUGGGGAUCGUCACAAUGAUCUUCUCGUUGCUCCCGACGUUCCAGAGGCCCGAGUUCAGGAGCUUCCGGGCCUCGCUGUUCUUCGGGAUGGGGGUCUCCGGGGUCGUGCCCAUACUUCACAAGUUGAUCCUGUAUGGGACCCACCACCCUGAGGCCCUGCAGACGACCGUUUACGAGGUUCUGAUGGGGGUUCUGUACGGGUUGGGGGCUCUGAUCUAUGCGACCAGGGUCCCCGAGAGAUGGAAGCCUGGAUGUUUCGAUCUCGCCGGCCAAAGUCACCAGCUGUUUCAUGUUCUGGUUGUGGCUGCUGCGUUUACUCAUUACCAGGCUGGCCUUGUUUACUUAAAAUGGCGGGACUUGAAUGGUUGUUAGGGGUUCCAAGUAGUAAUUGGAUAUGGAAUUGUUUCGGUUCAUCUGGGAUUUCGGCGGGGGAAUGAGAAAAAAAAAAUUAAAAAUUAAUUCAAUGCUUUCAUUGAGAGUUAAACUCAAGACCUCCCGCUUACUAAACGGGUGCUCUAACCAACUGAGCUAUGAAAGCUUGUUUGUUUAAUUUCUCAUUACUUCAUAGUUAUCAAUUUUAAUGUCCCA